AAUUGCUUUGUGCUUCGCUUGUGUGUUUAUCAGCAUUAGCACUCUUUAUUCUAUGUUUAGCACUCUUCUGCGUGCGUUGCGGAAUGAAAUAGUAUUGAACUAAUGUUCGUUAUUCCAGGUUAUACGGCUGAGCUGCGCCACAGCUAUUUCAGCGGGCGCUCGUGGUUUUUCUGCACUGCUUUCAGGCUGGGCUACUAACCCUUGCAAACACCUCAAUGCGUGCCCGGCUGAAGCAAGAGUGUCCCUGGCAAUCUAACUCACCGUCUGCAUAAGGACAGUGCUGGAAAAGCACCUUGUAUCAUAUUAUCUAGCUUUAGCUUCAGAAGCAUAAAGCUGCAGCUGUCUACAGUUUACUACCGUACCUGCUGCAAGCUGCAAGGACAACGUGGUAAUAUCUUGCACUUGCCGAACAUGGCUGAACGGUAGCUCAAGAGAUCGGGAAUUGGAGGAGUCCGGGAUUGGUACUGGAAUGGCGCCCCUAGCGGCUAGAAGAGGCGCACGACGGUAGUGACGAGCAUGCGAGCUUUAGGCCCAGGAUAAAUCAAGGUUGAACAAUCGAAAACCACAACUAUGCACUGCUUUGUGCCUGGAUGCAAUACCGGCUGCGCCAAGACAAAAAAGAAGUUUCCAGUCUUCAGGCCGCCCGCCGACCCUGAUUUGUUUCGCCAGUGGGAGCGGAACAUAGGGAGAACGGACAGGGCGCUCAAUCGAAGGGUCGGAGUUUGCGCGCUGCACUUCGAGAAGCACCUGAUAUACGACAGGUAUUACAGCGAACAUGCCGGGAACGUGCUGCUCAAUGAGAGGAAAGUCGCAAGGCUCCGGAAAGGCGCCGUGCCGACAAUUUUCGAAGGACAGGAGGUCGGUGCUUCGGGCGUACCAGAGAGCUCACCAGAGACGGUCGCGCAGCAGCCGCCAGAUGCCGGGGUGCCUCCGCGUGGUUCAAGCCCAAGUCUGGAUGCCUCGAACUACUCGGCCGAGAUGGAUGCCUCACUCGAAACGAUGCCUUGCCCAAAUACUGACGUUGACGGCCAAAACGGUGAGCUCGACCAGCGCAUCACCGUUAAAAGUGAGGAAGAGGACAGCUCCAACGCGAGCAUGACUAUGAACAUGGAGCUCCGUAUCGAUGAUAAGGUUGCCGCUCCUAGUGUUCACCCGGACUUUCGCGUCAAAGUGGAGAACGAAGAGUACUGCUUGGGUGUGCAGAGUCCAGAGGAAGUUGUUUGCAACGAGGACCAAGACCACGUGGUGAAACAGCUCGGUGAAGUUGAAUCUAAUGAUGUGGGCGUUGGCUGUGGUGUUGAAGUGAAAAGAGAAGAGUGCCCCGACCAGCAGUGUCCGCUUCAGGUGCCUACGAUAGUGUGCGUAGGCAAACAUUUCUACCCACCGCAGGCACCCCGCAUUGUGCCGCGGACCCUUGUGGAACACCUCGUGUACCACCCUGAGGUGGUGAAGCUCCCGCUCACGUGGAACUACCACAAGGUGAGGGCGCCUCGAGGGAACCGCGUCGUCUACUGCACCCUCGCCGUUGCGAGCGACGGAAUGACUCCCGUCAUCAGCAAGUUCGUCAACAUCACGGACAGCAGCAGGGGCGAGCCGUUAGAGGCGUUUGUGUCGAACCGAAGCGUGAACGGCGUGCUGGGCGACGCCGCGAAGCCGAUGACCGUCGAGGAAGUCGAGCACAUGAUCGAGGCGAUUGACCGGCUUCCCAUGUGCUGCGGCGGACCGCCGAGGGACAAGUACCCGGACGUCGACCCGGUGCGGGCUCGCGUCGACGCCCUGGGCGUAUGGAGGCACGCCGACUGCGAGGUGUAUGGCACAUCGCUGUGCUGCCACUGCGCGCGGCUCAGCAGCACCCUGCGGGUGCAUGCGUCGAGGCAGCGCAAGAGGAAAGCCUCAGCCAAGCUUCGCAUCUCCCUCGAGUCCCUGCCGCCAGGGCAGCGCUCUAAAGUGGAGCUGCUCCGGAAGCGCAGCAGGUGCCUGUAUAAGAAGCUGAGGCGUCUCACGGGUGGCGGCAAGGAACUCUGGGGUGACGACGGCUCGGGUGACAGCGAAAAUGGAAUCGAAUACCCCGAGGCGCUUUCGUAAUCGGGGCUGUCAUCUAGGAUUAACACAGCAAGUUGGGCGAGUCGGUAACUGAACAUGUUCUUAGGAGUGGACAUGCAGCACGACCCGGAUGAAGGACAGAGGAAGUACAUUGCACUCGUAUUGUGUACUUCCUUUGUCCUUCGUCUGGGUCGCGCUGCCCACCCCUAAGAACAUGUUCUGUCAUCUAGGCUUGUCGACGGCAUACGUCAUCGCGAGGGACUUUAAUGUAGCGCCACUAUAAAGUAUGCUAUCGCGCUUAUCAUGAGCUGAAACACGAGUGCCCUUGGCCCGAGCAGCUUCGAAACCUAGAGGCGGCACUGACGUACGAAACAUUUGUGAACCAAAUACUAUACGGUAACUGCAAUGGCAUUCAUUUCUUCAAUGAUUUGUGUGUCGCCGCCGCCGUGCAAACACAGAGCCCCUUGGAUCCUGUGUUGUAGCUGAUAUUGUGUGCAACUUCUAUAUGGAGACAAAGGAAGAACAAUGGACACACAGCGCCUAUUUCCAACACAAAUUAAUUUCCUCCGUGAAAUCACGGCACUUGUAGAUUCCACACUUUACGUCACAGGUAAGUCUGUGACAUAAAGCGCUGAAUGUAUAAGUGCCGUUAUUUCCCGGAAAUAAGUCGUUGAAAGUUAGCGCAGUGUGUGUGUGUGUUGUUCUUACUCUGCGUCUAUGUUCGCUCCACACUAAUAGCUUUAAUGCUUUUGUAGCAUUCACAGUGACCUUUAAAGCGCGAUACACAAGGGCAUAUUAAAAACCAUCCGAUCUGUUGUAUGAAUACAGUCGGAGCAACAAUUAAUGGCGUGAAACGAGGCUGCAACAAGCUUACAACAAAAAGGUGUUGUUCUGGGCCGUUUGCUUUUUGGGUACAAUCAUUUUCGCAAGGCUUCGGGUGACUACAUAGUGCAGGACGCGUUGUUGCCUUUGGGCGCCAUUGCGCAACUUAAUUAAGGCAGUGUGCCUAGCACAACGCCAAGAAUGCCUGUAGGGGUCGAUGGAUUCAGUGGUAGUCACGUUAAAUCUCGCGAAAGUGAUUAUAUCUCCGAAAAGAAAAGACCAUACAGAGAGACUCGGGUUUUAAACAAGAACCAAAGAAGUUUUCAAAGCAGCCACGCUUCCGAAGCGAUUGCUCCCGAUCGGGGUUGAAAUUGACCGGUGUGACCGAGGGUAUAACUAAUUGAAAAGCAAGAUGCCAGCCUAAAUCAUUAGCAUAUCUCUGCUGUGCGCAAGUUAGCAAGACAUUUCGGUUUCUUCCAAAUGCGUUGUACAACGUGCAUUUCUAACAGAAUUGAGUUGUAAUUUUAGGCAAAAAGUUUCAGUGAAAUGCCUGUUUUUUUCUUUUUGUACUGCGUUAAACGUAGGUGUGCUGCCAAUGCAUGAUGUUCAACAAUAUCAUCAGCGCCUGUGAUGAUUAUGGACAUUCGUCACUUCUUGGUGUGUCUUAACACGAGAAAAGAUGCACAAGAAACACUAGUAGACAAAAAAAAUGUUUUUCUUUCAAACACGAUAGGCAAGGAAAGGAAAUGAAAAGAAAACAAAAUAUCACAGAGAAGUUUCACGCGCACACUGAUGUACGCGACGCUCAGUCCUACACCACCGUUUGGCGCGUCAAGAGUUCCAAAAAAAUCAUCUCACGGUUUGGGUCGUGACGACUCGCUUGUCGUUGCCGCGGUAUGGUUGCCGAGGCGAGCCGAGGCAGAGGUGGCACGGUUGCUGCUGCUGGAACCAUCGCUGGCACACGGCUCCGCUACCGUGUGUGGUGCAUGACUACGUUGAGGACACCGCUGUGAUGUCCGGCUGCAACUCACGAGGACCGCGACCCAGGGUCGACCCACGCGGGCAGCUCCUCGGUAGGCCUCGACCAAGAACGGCCCUCAGCAACUGCGCCCUGGCAGGAGCUGCUCAGCAGGCCUCGUCCUUGGUCCCGGAACAGGCCUCCGCAUCUGGCCCGGGUAGGCACGCCUUGGUCACUCGGCCGCAGCAGGAACAACGGCCCGAGCUCUUCUUCCCGAGCGUUGCACCCGAUCUGCUGCCACCAUGGCUUC